AUGACUUCCUCAAGAGCGUCCUCUUCAGCCAUCAAGAAGCACGACAACUCGCCCCCCAGUAUCACUCCCCAGCGCAAGCACAGAAAGCUCCUCAAGGAUGGCAGUGGCACAGAGGUCUGGCCUGAGUCGAUCGAAAAGGUUUUUGUUCAGGGUCUUCGUGAAUAUUGGGACUCUCCCUAUGCUACCUACUCUCAGUCUCGCGGCCGCAGCAGAUGGCGCAACCAGUUCCUCGUAGACUAUCUCGCCAAGCAAGGCAUUGACCGAUCUAAGAAGCAGGUCGCAAGUCAUAUUCAGGUCCUGCGCAAUAUGUGGAAGGGGGAGCCAGAGUUCCACCUCGUAGCCGGAGGCGAUGAACUAUAUCCAGAGGGUGACUCUCCCAUGGCUGCUCCUGUGAAACUCGAGGAAUAUCAUGACUCGAAUUCCCUGAUACCAUUCGAGUGGGAUGAGAGUGAUCAUCUCCCCUCCUCCAACUCCGUCUCCCCUAACUUUUCUCCCGCCGAUUCCCAGUCAGAGUUCCCGCCUACCCCAGAACAGCGACCAGGCCACUUCCCGCCCGAGUUUGGUGUCAUCCACCCAAAAUUACAGGGCAUGCCACUCGAUCUGUCCUAUGCGGGCCACGGUUUGAAUAGCCCAUCAAUAUCACCGAGUGGAGAUUUUAUUCAGCAGUUGCCCCACUACGGUGACGCGUCUUCGCCUUUCGCCGCACAGCAGGCCAAGUAUCCCGCAGCACCGCCAGUCAUUCAGAUCCCUCCCUCUUACCAAUCUCGCAAAACUCCAACCGACCCGUCCUCUCAGACGGUCAUGAGUGCGACCCCGACGCAUUACCGAUAUGCGCGCAAUAAAGUCACAUCGGUAUUUUUGCAAGCCGACGGUAUGACUCCUUUUUCGGUCAAAGUAGACGCCUUGUCGCACCCGCAGGGGCUUCAGCCGCCACUAACACUGCGGGUCCGACUUUGUGUCCCAACAAUGAACGACGCCCGCACACCAUCUACUUUCCAUGGUUUCCAGAGUUUUGUUUCUUUGGAAAAUGUGUGGAGUGCGACCAGUCGUUGCGUCACCAAGGUCUAUGGCAACAAUAUUUGCAUCUCAGAGGAAACCGGAUAUCUUAACGUCACUCACAUCAACGUUGGAACAGUCAACGCUGGUCUGCCAGAAUCCUCGCUGAACCGAUGUAGAUGGCUUGAUGCUUCCCUUUCUAUCGUUCUCACGCAAGAAAUCAUCGUGGACGAUGAAACCCUUCUUUGUAUGAUUUACGACCUUGACAGAAAGUCCGGUCCCAUGCCAUCUGCGACGCUUUUGGGUUUCCACAAAUAUCGGGCGGCUGAUAAAGGCACGCCUCCAACCACCGCAUCAAUCUCACCAAGCCCGAGUACCAACCUGUCCUUUCCCCACGCUGGGCCGUAUGCCCGACCGACCUCCCAACCAUCACUUUCCUAUGCUCUAACACCCACGCGGUACCAAUGA